UCAAAUAGCAAUAGCUCUUUGGCCGUGCGUCAAGCAUAAUUUCGGGACUCGCACACGGUGACGGAUCUAAGAUACGGUGCAAGCGAACGAGCAAAGCAAAUCGAGAUUGGUGUUAGCAUGGGCAUAGUUUUAUAUGUAAAUUAAAUUCAAGUGCCGCAAAGGAGCAAAAAUGUUGUAAAAAUUAAAAGUCAACUGUAUUAUAAUAUAUCGUAUGCGUCGUGAAUGUUGAAUGUAAUUUGUGCUUCAAAUAUUUAUGAUAAAUUUUGCUUGUGUGUAAAUGUGUUCGACUUUGAGCAUUUGUACUAACGCAUACAUAUGCGUUUAUGCUAGUGUGAGUAAAAACCGAAACUCAAGCGACUCAACAAACGACGACGACGAUUCGAAGCCGCCGACGCAGCAGCUGAGCUAAAGAAACGAAAUUACAUACACACUUGCGUACAUAAAAUAAAGAGAAGCGAAGAUAAAGCCACCAUUUUUUAGUGACGAAGAAGAGAGCUAGGCGUAAAGCAAAGCACUCGGCGCCUUUGGAUACAAAUAAAGGCAUUUAAAUUAUUAUUUUGUGGCGAGCAGAACCAAUAAAAUGGCAAGUUUUCAAAUACAUCGUGACAACUGUGAAAAGGAGAAUCCCGGCAUGCUGAAUCUAAAGGAAAAGGGAGCUGUUGCAAAGCAGCCACUCGCUGUAAUUGGUGGCAAGGAGAAGGCUCUGGCACCGCGCGCCAAUUUAGUUGUGCUGAAUACCAACAACAACCAUGGCAAUGUGCCGCGCGGCAACCCCGCACCCCCUGGCAAAGUGGGUUUCCGCGAAGUUGCUAAGCUAAAGGUGGACGAAAACAUUGCUUAUGGCGGCCCCAAGAAAUCGAACGUUGUGCCCGUGGUGGAGCAAUUCAAGACAUUCUCCGUUUACGAGGACAAUGUCGAUACACAGGUACAAGCCCAGACCAACAAGCCGCAGGCCAACGUUGCCGAUAAGGAGAAUAUACAAAGUGGCGCCCAGAAGCUCGACCUGGUGCACCAGGAGUUCGCCAUACAGCAAGGCUAUGAUCUGGAUGGCACGCCCAUGUCCGUCACCGAUGUGCUAUCGCCCAUGUCAGUGGACCGGUCCAUGGUGGAUGCCAGCAAUAUCAGCAGCGCCCAGCUAACUGACAGCAGCCAUGUCGAGGAUAUGGCUGAUCUUAAGAAUGCUGCUGAUGCUGCUGCAGCCACGGAAAAUGCGAUAUUGCCGCGCAACGACCGCCAGCGCUUCUUCGAGGUGGUCCAGUAUCAGCGCGAUAUUUUGCAGAAUUUCCGCGAGUGUGAGAAAAAGCAUCGCCCAAAAGCGCAAUACAUGCGUCGCCAAACUGACAUCAAUCACUCGAUGCGCACCAUUCUGGUUGAUUGGCUGGUCGAAGUCGCCGAGGAAUACAAACUGGACACGGAGACUCUGUACUUAUCAGUCUCAUAUUUGGAUCGCUUCCUCAGCCAGAUGUCGGUGAAGCGCUCCAAGCUACAAUUGGUUGGCACGGCAGCCAUGUACAUUGCCUCCAAAUAUGAGGAGAUCUACCCACCAGAUGUUGGAGAGUUUGUCUUUCUCACUGACGACAGCUAUACAAAGGCCCAAGUGUUGCGCAUGGAGAAUGUGUUUCUUAAAAUUCUAUCCUUCAAUUUGUGCACACCAACACCCUACGUUUUCAUCAACACCUACGCCGUGCUGUGCGAUAUGCCCGAGAAGCUGAAGUACAUGACAUUGUACAUUUGUGAGCUGUCACUAUUGGAGGGAGAAUCUUAUAUGCAAUAUUUGCCCUCGCUCAUGUCGGCUGCUUCGCUUGCAUUUGCCCGUCACAUUCUUGGUAUGCCAAUGUGGACGGCGCAGCUGGAGGAGAUUACCACGUACACAUUGGAACAAUUGAAGCAUGUAGUCGUGCUGCUGUGCAAGACGCACAAGUCAGCCAGAGAGCUAAGCACGCAGGCUAUAAGGGAAAAGUACAAUAGGGACAAAUUCAAGAAAGUGGCCACAAUUGAGCCCAUUGAACUGAGCGAAUCGGAAAUCGAUAUUAUUGUACAGGAUUAUAAAGCGGCCAGCCAGUGCCAGACAGAGCAGCAGCCAGGCAUCAAUAUGAAACCUAAAGUCAAUUUGUUUUAUAAGUUUUAAGUGUUUUUACAUCAGCAUCAGCCAUGAUCAAAUUGUAUUGUAGUUUAGCAUUUUCCAAUGUACACCCUCUAGUAGUUUUAUUCGUUGUAAGUGUAAGUACGACUGCAUUAAGGUUUUACUGCCAUGCUGCAAACGCGCACGCUGAAUAAAACGUGCACUGCCACACCCACACCUACACAAUUCGUACACUUGGCAAGCUACUGGACAAUUGUAUAUGCUAACUGGCCAUAUAUGAGAUGAGCUACCACAAAGAAGAUGAGCUAGCACGAGGAACAAGUGCGAUCGAUUAUACGAUCCAAGUUCAAGUCCAGAUCCCCGGCGAGAGCUUGUCACGCAAAGCGUGCGCAGCAGCAAAUCAUAUCACAAGAUAAAUCGAAUUGAAAA